UCCAAGUUCUUUUGUUUUCAUCACCAAUUUCAUUCCUGACAUUUAUAGACUCUUCAUGAGUGACCGUAACUUUAUACAAUGUGAAGCUCUUCUGGAUAGAGUCCAUUUAGACUAUUAUUGUCUAUCACUUUUACCUCCUUACGAAUCGCCGGGUACAAUAAAUACCACCAAACUUUCCGAUCACGUUUCGCCAUCGUCAGGCAAUACUUGAUUGAUGCAUCUACACAUAAAUAUUAAUGAAAAGGGGCACAACUUUCGAUGCGCCAAGGACUGUGCUCAAAAUAAGAAUUGUCAUACCAAAUACAGCUCCACAUUAUAUUGAAUAUUACAUGGAAACAUCCUGGGCGUCCUGGGCGUCUUGGACUUGGGCAUCCCAUCAAGAUCUAGGCGCAUGCGGGUUGCUAACUUCGUGAACACACCAACAGCUGCAAAUCUCUCAGAAUGUCGGGGUGUGAGGUGGACCCUCAGCUACUUCUGCUGCGUCGGCAGUAUAUGCAGCUGUUUGAGCACGACUUUCUCGCUUGGCCACCAGCCAAGUUUCUCAAGAACGAAGAUGUACAAAAAUGGUUAUAUAAAUACCUAUUCGACGAAAGCAGAAAUUCAAGGCUGCCGCCUGAGAGUUAUCGAGUGCGGGUCUUGAAGAAACUCGUCACAAAGGUUGAGGAAGUAAUAGCGGAUUCAGAGCAAGGUGAAGUCUCUAAAGAGCUUGCGGCAUGUCUUGAGUCCUUCGUGACUAGAGGAGUCUCGUCAGAAUUCCAGGCAGCUCAGGAGGAAGCAUAUGUGACAUUCACUUGCCUACCAGAGAAGUAUAAUCCAGACGAUAACCAUGACUGCCACUCGGAACCUACAAUCACACUACUAGAACGGCGACACUUGGUAUCAGGUUCGCAAAUAACGGGUUUCCGUACCUGGGAAGGAUCUCUUCAUCUAGGCUCGUACUUCCUAACUGAUGCUGGGUCGCGAAUUGUCCGCGGAAAGAGCAUCUUGGAGCUUGGCGCUGGCGCUGGGUUUCUCAGUAUCCUCUUGGCUAGGCAUUUACACGCAAAUCAUGUCACUACUACAGACGGCGAUGAAGCAGUCGUCGAAGCCGUGAAGGAAAAUUUCGCACUGAAUGGCCUUGCUGACCAAGAGAAAGUCCGAACGGGAACUUUGACAUGGGGCCGCAACCCUUGGGAGACGUGGAUCAAAGACGAUUGUGACACUAAUCCAUAUGACAUCGUAAUCGGCGCCGAUAUUACAUAUGACAAAAUAGCAAUAUCGGCGCUGGUAUCGACAUUGCAUCAACUCAUUGAUAAAAGCCCGAAGCUUAGAGUUGUUAUAGCUGGUGUCGUCCGGAAUGCUGAAACCUUUCAAAAAUUCAGAGAUGAAUGUGCCCAGCACCGCUUCACCGUUGAAGAUAUCAAGUUCGAACCUAAGCCGAUACGUCAACAAAAAUCACUCUUCUAUGCGGCGGCUAUGCCCAUCAAAAUAUUAUCCAUUGCUGGACCUGGUUAAGCUGCCAGGACUCAUAUAAGCCUGUGUUUGUAGGACUUAGUCUUGACCUAAACGAGGUAUCUGUAUUGGCAGCUAUUCCUCGGGGCAGUGUAUAUAGGGCGAAGUAAGAGACACUAUAUCCCACAACCAGAGGCUUUAGAUGGUAAUCCAAUGGUAUAGAUCAUGUUUAGGUAACUAUAGUUCCGCCAUGAUGCAAAGUGAAGUGAAUAAAUCAGUUUAAACAUCAGCUCUUGGCUUCGGGUUACUUGUGUACACAAUGCAGGCCAAGAAGAUAUCAGGAUAUGAUCUGUAUCGCCUUAGGUAUGCAGAGAUUUCAUUUGUAUACAAAAGUCUUCACUCUCGUAUUCUAGCCAUUCCGUAUAAUUAAGCUAGAAUAGCAUACAUUAAUACC